AUGGAUUAUUUAAUUAUAGGAGUCAAUUGGGAUUUACCCUGCAGCUAUAAAUAUCCUAUUUUGCCCAAUUUGUAUGUUAAAAAAAAACAAAGAACUGUAUUACUGCAGCAGUGGAGAGUGACCCAGUGGGUCUGGUUUUUGCCAAAUUUAACACCUACAAUGUUCAAACCAAGAAAACGUCCUAUGAAGAAGUUAGAAUCCCAAAAGCAGAGGUCAGUUAGUUUCACCAAAAGACGCAAUGGCUUGUUUAAUAAAGCAGCAGAACUGUUCAUGCUUUGUGAUGCUCAGUUAGCGGUUCUUGUUGCUUCUCCUUGCUCGAAACCUAAACGAAAGGUUUACUCCUUUGGUCAUCCUUCGGCUGAUGUUGUUCUUGAUGCUUUCCUUAAUAACUGUGCUCCUGUUCCCGUUGAUAAUGGAGCUAGACAAUCUGCGCUCUCUCUUUUGGGUGAAAUCAAGGGUUUGGAGAGCGAAAUUAACAGUUUAUCGCAAAGGAACGCGAGAUUAACGAACGUAGGAGAUGGGUUCUCUUCGGCUUUUCAGUAUUUUGAAAAUUCCAAGUCGAUUGAGGAGUUGCAGGCGGUGGUAGAUGUCUUGGAGAAGUUGAUUGUUGAGGCAAAAAGUAGGGUUAGUAACUCGAUUUCUUGGGUUCCAAGUAAUGAGAAUGGCAAUGGAUUCUGCACUCUAAAUCAACCUGAUAAUGGUUUUUGUUUUACCAAUAAUAACAUCCCUUCAACUAGCAAAAGCUUUGGUGAUGAUCUAUCCAUGUUUCAAGACUCUGCUUCCGGGUACAAUUAUGAUAGUAAUAGUGUUCUUCCAGUUGACAACAAAGAGAAAAAUUUGUUGGUGGUGCCAGGAUCAUCACAUUCUUGCUUCAAUUACAAUGACAAGGGAAAGGAAAAGUUGGCUGAUUGCAACAUGAUCAGAGACCCUGUAACCAGUUACUUUGGUUGUCUGAAUGACUAUGGCAUUGUUGGUGAGACAAGCAAUUCAAGGCUAGAUGAGAAUUGGAGCUUGACAAAUUGCUCUACUUCUCAUAAUUCUUCUUGCAGCUUAUCAGAUAUGACAGCAAACUAUGUGUACAAUCAGGCUCCUUUAGACUUCUCUGGUGCAGUUGGGACUCUUGACACUACUCUCCAAGACCUUGCUGCUGCUGCUGAUGAUGUCUAUGGGGAUUCAGCCUUCCUUGAUGACCUCUGGUCUUAUCAGUAAUACAGUUAAUUCAGUUGUUUCGGUGACAUGUUUGGAUGGUAUUUUUUGAAC